AAUAAACCAGAAUGCUGUGAUUUCCAUACUAACAAGACCUACACCAUCUUCUCCUCAGUGGUGUCCUUCUACGUGCCCCUCGUUAUUAUGGUGUUUGUGUACGGGAAGGUGUUUGUCAUCGCGACCAGACAGCUGAAACUCAUUGACAAGAAUAGACUCCGCUUUCUGAGCACAUGCACAGAAGACACUUGUGAAAAUCCAGGUGAAACGGUGCGUAAUUUGAGCCGGAGGUCAACGAGGCAUGUCGUGAAAGAACACAAGGCGCUCAAGACGCUGGGGAUUAUUAUGGGCAUCUUCAUUCUCUGUUGGCUGCCCUUCUUUUUCUUCAAUAUCAUCAAGGUUUUUAAUCCCAAAGUGCUGUCGAGGGAUGUGUUCGUCCUGUUGAACUGGCUCGGUUACACCAAUUCAGGCCUGAACCCAAUCAUCUACUGCCACAGUCCCGAGUACCGCACCGCAUUCCUCAAUCUUCUAGGGUACAAAAAACUCAAGCGGUUAAAUUACGACACAGUGCACAAACAUCUAUGGACCCUCAGCUCAUGCAUCCAAAGCAACGGUUCUGUAAAAAUGGAUUGCUUAGGUCACGAAGAUCCAUCUGCUAAGGGUGGGAACGUUUGCUCAGACACGUGUACAGUUUUCAAAGAAGAAGAGGUGGAAACUCAGCCUCACAAUUACUCAAAUGUGGCACGGAUCAAUGUAGCAGAGAUGUUAAAG